AUGCCAGAGCCAGAGCUUUUCGUAGAACGUAUACAAGAGGGUUCAAACUCGGUACUUGCCCCUGCAUGCAAGAAAACCCCUGUGACACCUUUGCGCUUAUCCAAAGCUGGAAAUGAUUCACAUUGGCAGGUACAGGUAAUGUUUUAUAUUUUCUUAGUUUUUUGUCGACUGGAGCUACCACAUGUCUAUUCUAGAGUUUCCACAAAUUGGUAAACAAAUUAGCUCUUUUUCACAGUACAGUGUGUCCCCCAAAAAUGUCACUCUGACGAAAAUAAUAAAAUCAAUUUUGACAGAUACAUGGCUACUGAAAUCAAAAGGCAAUAUUUCUGUGUUGCGCUACUGAAAGUUCUUGAAAUGAACAGAAAAGCUAUUCAAAAACAUGAUUCAACACAACAAAAUAUUUAUAUUUGCCUUGCUAAUCUUAUAUCAUGAUGUAAAUACUGUCAACAUGCAGUUUGCAGUAUUUGCAUCGAACUGCUUGAGGAUCACCAAACACAAUCUGCACAUAUUGUUAACUCAGCUAUUUUUGUCUAUUAACAUGAAGGUAGAACCAAAGCAGACAGCUGCCGCCGAAAUCGACGUGCUCAAUCCCGACAGAAUUGCAGGGAAACAGUUCGACCUGGUGCACCGUAAUGAUAACAAAUUGUGCCCAAAGAGCGUGAAAAGAUGCGAACAGUGUCGAAUUUCGUUUAAUCAGGCAGAUCUUGUCCUAGUUAAAACAGUUGGUGUUCGUGAACACACCGACAAGUCUGGAAAGCAUGUGAAACACAUGGGUAAUGUCUACCUGCACUAUUUGACGAAGUGCUUGAAGGAAUUUGACCAAAAUUUCUCCUUCGGAGCGGUUAACGUACCAGCCCGUACUUUAACAUUUCUUCCAAAGGGUAGCAGUGAAAAGUUGAGAGAAAAGGGGUUGCACGUAGAAGAUGGACCAGUAUAA